UGGAAAGGACGUACAGGUAGGACGUGGAUUAAAAAUUGAAGGCUAAACAGGAGAAAAAUUCUGAAAAUGGGCUCCGAAAGUGUAAUCGGUUUUCUAAUCGCCGUAGUGAUUGCCACUGUCCAUGCACAAAACGUAGAUCAAGGUAUUUUUACCAAACAGAUGUUGCUGUACAAACUGAACUAUCAGGUGAAACAAAUGGACCAUGAACUUUUUACCAGAUGCCCAGGGUUUUUCACCCACCCUGACCAUUCGUCCAUGGGGAUCAUUGGUCGUAGAGCAGCCUACGGGGACGCCUUCUUAGAUCUGGAGAUAAAGUUGGCCAGUAAGACGCUGGAUGACCUGAAGAAAAAGUACCUGAUGUGUCUAGAGAAUCCAAGCGCUUUUAUGGGACCUACGACUACUAAACGCACGACAACCGUGAAACCUAGUACGACUACUUAUAGGGAAAAGGGUGAAUUUGGCUUCAAGGUUCUUCGAGCCAAAAACAUCACAUACAGAAAUUACGAGUUUCUGGCACUGGAGGUUAGAAUUCCGGACGAUGGGCAGAGCAAUUGCGCUUCCGAUUACAACUCUGACAUGCGCAUUGGAGACGUCCUGAGUUGUAACCCUUCCACUCGCGUAGCGUACGCUGCAAACCUGGCGUUCGGUGAUGACAGAGGCCCAGCAAGAAGCAGUUAUAACGCCUUUGGCUUCCAUUCCUGCAACAGUCACACCUGCCAAAAAAGCAUCCAGAAAAGUGACACGGCAUUAAGUUACAUGAAGGGGUCGUGGCAGAACAACGGGACUGAGACCAUCAUGUACACGCUGUGUCGUUAA